UGACCGUCGAAUAAGCGUCUUGUCUCGAUAUUUCAAACAGAGUUCGCGGAGUCCAAGAGCUAUAUAAGCAGCCGGUAAACUGGCAUCGGCAUCAGUUCCGAUCCUGAAGUUACAAGCAUCACUCAAUAAACAAACAUGAAGGUCGCUGUGGUCGUUCUUGCCCUUGUGGCCUGCGUUUGCGCCAACUCUUACACCACCAAGUACGACAAUAUCGACUUGGACCAGAUCCUCCAGAGUGAACGUCUUCUCAAGAACUACGUGAAUUGUCUUCUUGGGGUCGGCAAUUGCACCCCCGAUGGCAACGAACUCAAGAAGGCUCUGCCCGACGCUCUUGCCAGCGAUUGUCUUAAUUGCAGCGAAAAGCAAAGACUCGGUAGCGAGAAGGUGAUCCGCUUCCUGGUCAACGAGCGGCCGCAAGUUUGGGCUAAACUCGCCGAGAAGUACGACCCUAAUCGUCAGUACCAGCGUAAAUUCGAGGUCACUGCCGCCAAAGCUGGAAUCAAACUGUAAACAAAUACAGAAGACAGAGAAAGAGAGAGAGAGAGAGAGAGAGAGAUAGAGAGAGAAUGCAACGCGUUGAUUAGUUGGGAUUAUAGUUAAUGUUAAAUUGAAUUGUAAAGUUUAUAAAAUGUUUUGUGAGAAUAAAAUAUUGUUAUAACAAAUGCAA